AUGUGGACUGUAACGUGGAGUGUUUGGGUUCCCUUAGUUUUCAGCUCGGUGUUUGGUGAGAGGCAACAAAGGCCAGUGUUUACUUGCGGUGGAAACAUUACUGGAACUUCAGGCCUCAUUGGGAGUCAGGGUUACCCCGGAGUUUACCCCCCUAACACCAAAUGUGUGUGGAGGAUCACGGUCCCUCAGGGCAAAGUGGUGUCCCUCACCUUCCGUUCUCUUGACUUGGAGAGUGACGGACUUUGCCGCUACGACUACGUGGAUGUGUACGAUGGAUUCGUUAACAGCCAGCGGCUCGGGCGCUUCUGUGGCACGGCACGGCCCAGAGCGCUGGUGUCCAAUCACAACAGGAUGCAAGUAGUGAUGGUUUCGGAUGCCAACACGGCCGGGAGCGGCUUCCUGGCCGGAUACGCCGCCGUUCGGCCAAACGCGAGGGGAGAGCGGUAUUGCGGCGGACUCUUGGACAAACCCUCAGGAACCUUCAUGACCCCGAACUGGCCGGACAGAGACUAUCCUCCUGGUGUGACAUGCUCGUGGCAUAUUCUCGCACCUGAGCACCAGAUAAUCGAACUGAAGUUUGAGAAGUUCGACGUGGAGAGGGAUAACUACUGCCGCUACGAUCACAUGGUCGUUUACAACGGCGCGGAAAUGAGUGACGCGAGCAGGAUCGGGAAGUUCUGCGGCGACAGCCCUCCUGCGCCGAUCUACUCUGACGGCAAUCGCCUCUUCAUCCAGUUCGUCUCUGAUCUGAGCCUCACUGCUGACGGCUUCAUCUGCCAUUACACUUUCAAGCUGAAGAACUUCACCAUCACGAGCUCCGCCGUUCCCAUUACUGCAGCCGCUCCCACCAGUGCAGGACCCGUAGCACUGACGUAUUCGGAAGCUCUCUGCAAGCAGAAGUGCAAGAGGAGCGGAACAAUCGAAAGUCAUUACUGCUUAAGCAACUUUGUGCUGACGGGAACACUCGUCUCGGCUGCCAUGAGGGAACAGAGCGUGCUCGUGACCUUCUCCAUCACCAACGUGUACAAGGAAGGAAACCUGUCCAUCCAGCAGGCUGGAAAGAGCAUGAGCACUAAAGUCAUAAUCCUGUGUAAGAAAUGUCCUUUGGUCAGGAGAGGUCUGAACUACAUCGUCAUGGGUCACGUCGACAAGCAGGGACAAGGUGUCGUUUCACCUCAGAACUUUGUGAUGGCCUUCAAGACUAAGAAGCAGAGGGACCUGGCUGUGUUGACUAAUGCCCGCUGCUGAUGAUAGGCGGCGGCCAUGUUGGAUUUGUCGUCUCAUCGGGCCACACUCUGGAUCUGUACGCAGUAAAUUUAGUCAUUGCAAUAACACGAGUCUACAGAGCGACCACG